CCUUUAAUUUUUCUUCAAUCAUAGGACUUCGAAACCCUAGGUUGAGAAUCAACAACUCUGCGUAUCUCUCAAGUAAAUUUCUCGAACACUCUAUUGUAUACAUGUGCCCACAACGAUUUGCUUCCCCAAUACUAAAAUUUUGAUUUUCUUCGUUAGGUUUUUAAAAAAGUAGUCUUGAGUGAUGAAGAAGGCUACGCCGGAGGAGGCUAGGGCUGUAACAUUUGUCUUUUGGGACAUCAAACGGUUCCCGGUUCCCCCUGGCUUCAAUGCUCGUCGGGUCCGUCCGUGCAUUAAACAGUUUUUGGAGAAACAUGGCUACUCUGGUCCUCUCACCAUCAACGCCGUUGGCAUACUAUCAGACGUCCAUGAAGACAUCCUUGGAGCUCUCUCUUCCACAGGAAUCAAUCUUUAUUUCGCGUCUUCGGUUAGUUGCUCAAGCCUCUUGUCACUUAUGUUUAAAUGCAUUGAUGAUAAUCCACCCCCAGCUAAUAUUUUGGGCAUAUGCGAUCCGGUAGCUCUCCCUCGACCUGAGAGUGGAUACAACCUUUUCGGGCCGUUUUCAUAUUCAUAUUCUUCUCCUGAAGAAAACGCCAUCAGUUGGAUAAGCUUAAUUCUGGCAGAGUCAGAGACACUUGAGGAGGAUACGUGCAGUGAAACAGAUGAGUCUACCAGCUGGUUUUGCUUAAUGCGCGAUCCUCGUACUGGCGAUCAUCUUAGUGGCCAAGGCUUUGAAAGUUUCUCCAGGCAUCUCUCUUCUCUAGAACAUGAAAAAGAGAGGUUUGAUUACUUGCCUUUCGAGUCACUUGAAAAUAAAGACAUAGCCAGGGAGGAGGAUGAGAAUCCCCCCACCAUUAUGGCUACUCCGGAGGAGGCUGUGGCUGUAACAUCGGUCUUUUGGGACAUCAAUACGUUUCCGGUUCCCCCUGGCUUUGAUGCUCAUCUGGUCAGUCUGUGCAUUAAACGGUUUUUGGACAAAUAUGGCUACUCUGGUCCUCUCACCAUCACUGCCGUUGGCCAUCUAUCGCACAUCCCUGAUUGCAUCCUUCGAGCGCUUUCUUCCACUGGAAUCACUCUCUGUGAUGCCCCCCGCGGUUCCAAAGACAUCAAGUCGCCUAUGUCUCAGUGGAUUUCUAAGAAUCCACCCCCAGCUAAUAUUUUAGGCAUAUGCAAUCCGAUAGGCUUCCCUCCACCUCAGAGUGGAUACAACCUUUUCCGGCCGUAUUCAUAUUCUUCUCCUCAACAAGACGCCAUCCUCUGGGAAAGCUUAAUUCUGGCAGAUUCAGGGACACUUGAGGAAGAUACCGGUAUUCUAAGUGUAACUCACAGGUAGACAAGAACUCACAACAUAACACUAGCGAUCACAUUUAACACAUCUCCUGAAGAAAAAAAUUCGAGUCAA